AUGGAAUCAAAGGUCUUGAAGGUCUUCACCUGUGAAGAGGUGGCAAAGCACAAUAAGCCCGAUGACCUGUGGAUUAUUAUUGAUAGCAAGGUGUACAAUAUCACUCGUUUCAAAGAUUUACAUCCAGGGGGUGCUUCAGUAUUCGCAGAAGAAGAUAUAGCUGGUCAGGAUGCGACCGAGGCGUUUUAUGGCCUCCACCGUCAUGAAGUGCUUCUGCGACCACAAUAUGCUCGUUUACAAAUAGGUCACAUUGAAGGAGAGAGGAGCGUUAUAUAUUCUCGAGAGUUUGGGAAGCUCAGUGAUGUGCCAUAUGCAGAGCCUACCUGGCUCAGCACUGGGUACUACAGCCCUUACUUCAAGGAGAGUCAUCGACGCCUACAAGCAGCGAUGCGAGAGUUUGUGGAUGAGGUCAUCACUCCAGAUGCACUGCUCCAUGAGGAAGAUGGCAAACGUCCAAGUGCCCAUGUAAUCAAAGCUAUGGCGUCUCACUUGAAAGGCCUCACCCUUAUGGGUGGUGUCGUAUCUCCUGAGGAGUUUGAUUACUUCCACGAGCUUGUCUGCAUACAGGAGAUAUCUCGCUGUGGUCAGCGUGGAUAUGGCGAUGGUCUACAAAGCGGAGCUGUCAUAGGAUUACCACCUAUCAUGAACUUCGGGUCGCAAGAACUCAAAUCGAAGAUCAUUCCUGAAGUGCUUUCUGGCAAGAAGUUCAUUUGCCUGGCGAUAUCUGAGGCGUUUGCUGGAAGCGAUGUUGCUGGCCUGCAGACUCGUGCGACGAAGAGUUCAGAUGGGAAGUAUUGGACUAUCAAUGGCACGAAGAAGUGGAUAACCAACGGGACCUUCACUGUGGGGUGCAAAACUGAUACUGGAUUUACCGUCAUUUUGGUGGAACGCUCGGAAGGUGUUGAGACAAAACCCAUCAAAACGAGCUAUUCGUCAACAGCUGGUACUGCAUAUGUCACAUUUGAAAAUGUCAAGGUCCCUGUGGAAAACACCCUCGGACCCGAGGGUGGGGGAAUCUUCGUCAUUCUCUCCAAUUUCAAUCACGAGCGGUGGGUGAUGUGCGCUUCUUCCGCUAGAGGUCAGCGGUUGAUCGUUGAGGAAUGCCUCAAAUGGGUCACUCAGCGCAAGGCAUUUGGAAAACCCUUGUCUUCACUGGCAGUAAUCAGAUCCAAGAUUGCAGCCAUGAUCUCACGUACGGAAAGUGUUCAGAAUUGGCUUGAAAAUUUAACUAUGCAAAUGUGCAAUAUGACUUAUAAGGAACAGGCACAGAAGCUUGCGGGACCGAUCGGUCUGCUCAAGAUGUAUACAACAAGGUGUGCCCAAGAAACGGCUACCGAUGCCGUUCAGAUUUUCGGCGGACGGGGCAUCACGAAGACUGGUAUGGGGCAGUAUAUUGAGCUUUACCAUCGCACGAUUCCCUUCGAUGCGGUUCUCGGCGGAGCGGAAGAUGUACUCGGCGACCUCGGAGUGAGACAGGCAAUUCGACAGAUGCCUAAGAAUGUUCGCUUGUAA